GGAAAGCAGGCUUCGCCAGUGAGUCGGCUUCCAACACAACGACGACGCGCCGCCACCCCUCGACUUGCGCACGAGCACAGCCGCAUCAACGGCCGUUUUGCUGCUUCUGCCAGUGCUUCAGCGCGCGUACAAUCUGCCGUCGAACCUCGCUCGCACUGUGGGACGUGAAAACGAACGGAACUGAACUUGGUGUGCCAUGGCUCAAGUCAUCGUCUUCCUCGCUGCGCUAGUGUCUUUAGGUUCCUGUCAACAAAGCCCUGUGAUAUCAUACAUCAGCAAAGAAAUGGUGGUUGGCAUAGGAGACACAGUUGACCUGCAGUGUUCCGUGCAGUACGCCGAGGCAUACCCUAUAAUCUGGGUAAAGAUCAAUGAACGUGAUCCCAGCAACAAUCUGUUUAUAUCAUCUGGGAGCAAGGCCAUCGUUCCAGAUCAGAGGUUCUCCAUUCGGCAUGACGAAGGUAGCAACACAUACACAUUGCAGAUCACCAAGCUACAGGAAACAGACUCUGGCCUCUACCAGUGUCAGAUUAUCCUGGGACCCACGAGCAAGCUCAGCUCAAAUGUCUACGUCCAUGUCAGAGUGCCUCCAAUUAUCUCGGACAACAGCACAAGGUCUGUGAUAGCUAGCACAGGCCAGAACAUCACCCUGGAGUGCUAUGCCACGGGUCACCCGACGCCGCACAUAUCCUGGCGUCGGGAGAACAAUGACCUGCUGCCCACAGGUGGUGCUGUCUAUCGGGGAAACAUCCUCAGCAUUUUCAGUGUCAGCAAGAACGACCGCGGAACAUACUACUGCAUCGCUGACAAUGGUGUUGGCAAUGGGGCUCGAAGGAACAUUGGUGUUGAAGUGGAAUUUGCACCGGUUGUCUCAGUGGACCGCCCUCGCUACGGCCAGGCACUUCAAAAUCCCAUGGACCUGUUGUGUCACAUCGAAGCCUUUCCGUCACCGUCCAUUGUGUGGCUCAAGGAUGGUUACCAGCUCAACGACAAUCAGUACUACCAGAUCUCUAUCUUCUCAACGGCCGAUGAGUUCACCGACUCCACUCUGCGUAUCAUUGCCAUUGAGAAGAAGCAGUACGGAAACUACACAUGCAAGGCACUUAACAAGUUGGGCUCUGAUGAAAAGAUCAUUGAGUUAUACGAAACCGUGAACGUGAUCUGCCCUCCAGCGUGCGACAAAUCGUACCAGUCCGGUUCCUCCCAUCUGCAGAGCUCUUUCGCUUGCUUCUUGGUGAUGCUUUCAAUGAUACUUGCCAUUACCAUGAAGAAUCAUUGAGCCCCACGACCUUAUAAUGCUACUUUUGUGAAGAAAAAAAUGAGCCAGGUUAUGAACAAGAACGUGUAGUAUUCUUAAAAGUCCACGCAAGACCUUCUUCAAAUGAUGCCCAGAAAGGAAAAGCAAGAAUAGAACACUUUUUUAUUUGAAGUAUAAGUGUACAGAAAAGUUUUGAAGAAGUUACUGCCCAGUUACUGUUAUGCUGACCCAGAUGUAUAACAGGAACAUCGCUCAUUAUUUUUCUACGUUUUUACCUACUUAACUCGGAUGUAAGCCUGUUACGUGCCUUGUGACCACAGAUGUUGCCUGUGGCUAAUCAAUGUUUCCAAGAAGCAGGAACACUCUUGGCUACUGGGUAGAGGCAUAGCGUGCUAAGCACUCAACCAAAUGGUUAAGAAUUGUGUGCCAUAAACAGUUGAUUAGCCGAUAAUGAAUUUUCAAAAAUUUUCAGAAAUUUGCCAAGUAUUUCUCCCCACUUGCCCCAUUCGCUGGACUAUUAAUGUUCAUGGUCUAAAUGAUGGUGAAUUGUUGGCUGCAUAUUCUCAAGCUUGUCUCUUGGGCAUGUUUUCAUUAUGAAAUAAUGCUUAUGUUUUCCAUGUCGUAUGAUGCCAGCCAACUGCACUUGUACACCGCCAUUGAAUAGGCAACCACCACUCAUAGCAGAAUAGCUAGUUCAAAAAAAUCAAAAUAAUACACAAAGACUCACUUAAGGAUUCAACACUGAAAGCAUGUCAUGGAGUACUUUUGGAAGUGAGCUUAGAGAUCAUUAUCGCAAAGAAACAGUGCUUAAAUUAUCAUAGUUUAUCUCUCAUGUUUCUUACUUUCCAAAUGGCCUAAUGGAAGGCGUUCGUGUAAGUGUUUACAAACUUACAAAAUUAUGAUUAAUGAAAAAUAUGUCAAUAUAAAAUGAUGUUCAAUCAUUUUGUAUAAUGCAGCUUUCUCAGGAAAAAGUAAAUGAUCGCAACGUGCUUUUGCACAAUGAACAUUUUUUUAAUUGCUUGAAUAGCUGUGAUACAAAGCAUUCCACGUUUUCUGAUUUACCAUUGCGAAACUUUCAACACUGCCCUUCUUGGAAAUACCCAGUGUGAAACAAGAAACUGAUGUAUAACUGAUAACCUGUGUCAAAUUAUCUGCUUUCUAGUACUUCAGCAUUAAAACAAGAGAUAGCUGAGCUAGUUGGUAAGUAUUAAUGUUAGAGAGACAGAGCGUGCGAGCAAGGACACAAGAGAGAAGUCAAGACACGACAAACGCCGCGGUGUCUAGACUUCUCUCUUGUGUCCGUGUUUGCAUGCCCUGUCUCUUUAACAUGAAUACUUCAUCAUGUUUUGUGGAGUGUCAUUUAGUAGGAGAAACUGUCUUCAGAAUGCUUCACUUUAUACUGGAGUGUGAAAUCGGCAUCAGUGUAUCAAGAAAAAAAUGUCUGGGAAAAUAAUUGAUCAGUGCAACUUAUCCACUUCAUUUGCCUUUUGGGCUAAAACGCUGCAGCUGUAUUAUAAAAUUGUGAACUAGCAUUAUUUACAGAGACCUUUCAACUUUGUAAAUGUCUGUUUCAAAUAACCUUGAUAUUGUAACUGAACGUGCACCUCGUUCAUCCAUCAAGGAAUUUAAUGUUUACUUAUUCUGUACCAUACCAGUCCUCCCUGCCAGCAAUUGUAUCUGUUCAGUGACAAUUUCUCUUAGAGCAGCCAUAUGUAUAGUUUCUUAUCUUUUCUGUGAGCAUGCUUGCAAAAUGUGUGCAUGAUAUUUUCUGAAAUCUUUGAUGUACAUAAGAUGUUGUCUUUUGUUUCUGUUUUCACAUUACUAAUCAGGUGAAAUAGCUUUGUAGGUGAGAUUAAAGCAUUAAAAUUCUGCAUACAUUUUUUGUCUAUGAACGUUCUGUGUAGAUCGAAAAAGCUCCGACGCUGUGUGUUUUUAUUCCAAUAGGUCAGAUGGAACAUACAAAAGAACGUUCACAAGCACUCAUAUACAAACACACACACACCAAAAGUCUGGUUCUGUCUUUAUCACCACUGGUCUUUCCCAUUAGAUUUUUAUUACUUCUGUAAAACGUGUAGGGGUGGGCAAACAGCAGUUAUGUAAACCUAGCUAAUUAAAUAUAGAUUGGAUAGUAACAAAGUGAAUCAAAUCAGAUGGAAUAUUGUUUAUAUUUAAAAGUUUCCAAAAAGUCCAUGUUGUUUUCUCUAGUAAUAUCAACAACGAUUAUACCCUAAUAUUGUCUAGUUUUUCUAGUUUUUGUCUGUUGUUUAUUACAAGUCUAAAUGGAGCAUUCUGAACAAAUAGGCAGUUUGUUUUUGAAAAUUCUAGUGGUUCAUGACUGGAAGAAAAAUGCUGGCACUUGGAACGACGGCUAACAUGUUCUGUGACGCAAGUUCGCAUGCUUUAAACCUAUCGCUAUGUUUACCAGGAUGAAAUUUCUCCAAACGCGUGCCCCACUUUUACGUUUGAAUGUGUUGGCUAGAAGGUUUGAACAUGAGAAAUAUAUUUGCAUUGCCAGUACCGACUCUUAAGGGCCUAUAAAAUAGGAGAUAUUAUUCUGCAAUUUCUAUAUAUCUUUAAUUUCCUACAUAAAAAGGUGUAAUUUUGAAGAAGGGUGAGCAUGAAGCGAUGAACUUGUAUUGAUAAAACACGUUGUGUUUUGCAGAGACUGUUGGCUGCCCUGAAUGCUUGUGCAGCCAGCACAGAUUUGUAUGACAUCUAAAACUGAGCGAAAUGGGACAUAGAAGCCUGGUAGAUGGAAUGGGUUAGCCAGAGAUAUUCAAUCCAAAAGCUCUUUUAUAAGCAUAUCUUUAGUUGCUGUAUGGACGCGAACUUCCUGCGUAUACGUUUUUUACUACCAGAUAUUGGUCACCAGUGCCAGUACACAUUGGAAUAUUAUAUUUUGUGGACAUGAAUAUUGCAGAAGAUGGAACAUUGUUUGAAAUUUACCAUGUUCUGCUGAUGGUGGCUAAACAUUGAAGAGUUGCAGCAACUGCUUUAUGUUUCCAUGCUGCAUCUUUAUGCAAAUCUUUCUUCUUGACUUGUUAUAAAGCUUAUCAUUGCAAGAGAUGGCAAGCUGAUUAGUUUCAAGCGUGAGAUAUUAAAGGGACACUAAAGAGCAAAACGAUUUUUCUCGCAUUAGUAAAGUAGUCUUCCACGAUACCAAAAACACCACGCUUUCUGCGCGAAGACGCUUAAUAAGCGAGAAAACGCUCAAAAAGAAAAUACAGGUGGCGACGCCACCUGGGAAUUCCCGCACUAUUUGCCGUGACGUCGCAUAUUUUUGACGGCGCCUGCUUGGGCCUACGUAGUUCCUAAUCGGUUAAAUCGAAGUACACUGUCCUCUGAGGGGGCCAGAGACUUGACAUAACGAGUUUUUGUAAAUUUCGUCGAGUCAGUGGCGCCAAAAUACGUUGAAGUCAUUUACGUCACGAAUUACAAAGUUCGGCGCGAAAUUUAAAAAUUAAACUUUAAACUUGGUUUUCUCCUCUAAUAAUAAAACUAUGGUGGUGAAAUAAACUACACAAGAGUUCGCUGAGCACACUUCAUCAAUCUAAACUAAUUCAUUGUUUCUCUUUAGUGUUCCUUUAAAUCUCACAGAACAGGAUGCACAGGUUGUGUAUAUAUAUUCUAGAGCGUCUCGAGAAUCAUUACUAAUCUGGUUUUUUUUCGUUCUUGAAAUAUAGAAAUUGGUACGCAUCAUCUCUCCAUACUUUGCUAAUAGCAGUGACAAUUAACAGACAUUCUUACUUGUAUUGCUUACAAAGAAGAAAUUUCUGAAAGUGCAUGUUUUUAUUUAUGCCGAAAAUUUGUACUGUUCGCAUGAGUCACCAUGGCUCCAAGUUACCCAGUCGUCUUUAUUUGAUUUUCUAGAUAUGUAUAACCUUGAGAAUCUCAUUUUCGCAUGCUGUAUAUACACAUCAGCGUGGUACCAGAGGUGCCAUAUUUCAUUCAUGUAUACAUUACAAUGUGUAGCAAUGGUGAAAUUGUUCGCUGUGUAGAGGAGUCUGCCAUAUGGGUUUUACAUGUGAAGCAAAGCACACUAGAAUGGAAGACCAUUGACAACACAAUCUUUAGUCGAUUCGUUUGAACAUCUCCAAAAUUAAAGUGAGAUACUUGUGCUUCAGUUUACCUGAAAGCUUAUCCUGAUAAAAGAUGGCAUUUCCUUAUAACACCACCAGAGCCAUCUACUUUAACCAGUAGAAAUGGAAAAUUGGGGCCAAGGAGACACUGCCUUCACAGCGCCAGGUUCUCCAAUUUCAUGGCACUAGCCUGUCAUCCCGCAUAUUGUGUUUCAUGGAGCGUAUAAGAUAUACUUGUGAAAAGGGUGGUAAUUUGCAAGUAUACCGCAGGACUUGGUGAGUUUGGGGACAAGGAACACUCAGCACGAAAUUCUUUUGUUUGGUGAAGUAUUACAUAGUGGGUAUUUGGACUGUAUGGCAGCUAUGUAUUUCGAAUGUUCAGUAAAAGAGGUAGGGGAUGGAAAGGCAGAGUAGUUUACUAGACUUCGUUCAGUUUUAUGCCCUACUUGUGAGAAGGCGUUGUGGAAGAGCGUAGACACAGUUGCACAGUGUCGUUGAGGCUCCUAAGAUCUUGAGGAGGAGGGAGUUUGCAGAAGGAUGUGCCCUCCUCUGAUAAUCGACUGCGUGCUCACAGGUGCGUUCAGUUCGGUGUGUAACUUGCCUCCUUUACCCAAUAUUAUAACAACAUUACAGUCUUCUUAUGUGUUGUGAAACUUCAUUGUGAGAGCCCAAGGCUGCUCUCCUCAAGCACUGCAGAUAAACUGGUCAGUGAUCAACUGCUUGUACUUUCUGACAACAAGCUGUGCAACGCAUAUAUUUUUGUACUGUCUGAACUGAUGUCCAAGACGACCGCAGUGCGGUUUUGACAUGAGUGUGUGACAUUUUGUUUCACUUCGAAUAAAGCGUU